GCAGAGACUUCGCACAUGAGAUGCUGGUCUGACACUACAUGCUGUUCAUUAAGAACCCAGCUACCAAACUGGAAACUUCCUCCCUCAUUAACUUUCACUGUCGUAAACCCACACCUCGCUCACAGGGGAUGAAAAGAUGCAAGCAAAAUUUUUACUACUGAAAGAAUUUCACUCCUGAAAGCAACCCAAGGAAUGGGGAGUUUGCCCAGCAAAAGGGGAUAUUCAGCUAUAGAGGCCACUAUGUCCAGCGCUCAGAUAAACCCCAUUGUAGUGGACAAGUGCGUGUUUGUGGCUUUGUACAAUUUUCCUGCGGGUGGUCAAGGCGAUUUCAGCAUUCGACUCGGGGAGCAGCUGAACAUCCUUUCUGAGGAUGGUGACUGGUGGAAAGUAAAGUCAGUUUCUACUGGGCAAGAGUGCUACAUGCCUAGAAAGUAUGUUGCCAAGGUGUACAACAGGUGGUUAUAUAAAGGUAUAAACCGGGAGAAAGCAGAAGAGCUGCUUCUGGUGAACUGCAACCAAAGUGGUUCCUUCUUGAUUCGAGAAAGUGAAACCAGAAGAGGAUGUUACAGUUUAUCAGUUCGGAAAUCAAAUCAAGCUACGCUGGAUUCUAUCAAGCAUUAUCGCAUUAAUCAGCUACAAAAUGGCUGGUAUUAUAUUUCUCCUCGUCUGACCUUUUCAACACUCCAGGAUAUGGUGGACUACUACUCUGAAAUGGCAGAUGGAAUUUGCAGCAUCUUAAAGGAGCCCUGUGCUGUACAAGGAAUUAUUCCCCCUGCUGCUCUGACAUCAGUACCCGUCAUUGUCCGGAAACCAACACUGAACUGGAGAGAUCUAGAUAGCUCUGCCCUGUUUAGUGGCAAUACCAACUUAGAUGAAGAAGAUUGUCCGGUGAGCUUAGGUCUCCGAGAGGCGGUCAGUUCUUACAUGUUUAUGACAGAAGACAUGGACUCAGUGACAGCUCUGGAGAGAGAGCAUCUGUGGAAGGCAUAAGCUAUGGCUUCUCACUCAACUAUCUCACAUCAGUGUUUGGGAAAUGAACAAUUUUCAUGAGCCAAUGGACUUAAGUGAACCAGUUCCUGUUCAGCUCAACAUCGCCGGCCGAUGCAGUUUGAAAGGUGCCGGAAUGGACAUUACUAUAUUUAUGGCGGCUGUGCUGCUUUUCAGUUUCUGUGUGUUUUAAAGACGUUUGUGUUCUCUGUUAGAAGCUUUCAAAUUGUCUAUUAUAAAAUAAAUGUCCUCUCCUGUCUUGGACGGAGCAAUACAUGGCCAUCAUCGAUCAGAUACAAGAAAGACUUUGGUGAAAUCAAAAUGUGAACAUACUUGAUGAGCCUCAUUAGUAAAUAUGGAGGGACUUUGUGAAUGUGUGAGCUUGUCCCAUAUGCUGGCCCAGUCUUAUGAUUAACAGACCAGUAAACACUUAUGUGGGUUAAUUCACUGAAAUUUAUAGGAAAUCCCUAGGAAUGCAUCAAAAUCCCUGAUUUCAAAGAAAUUUAAUGUGAAGCUCCAACUACGAGAUACUUCAAAUAUAAAACUAGUGCAAUGUGCUGCCCCCCACCCCAGGGCUGAUCAUGUACCAAGUUUAUAGG